GCGGGCUGGCGGGCUGGCAGGCUUCUGGUGUAGGUUGGUUCAGCGUGUGUCGGAAGUUGAACGGCUGGCAGUCUAUCCGUCAUCUUUCCUACGCGUCUAGUAUUUCCAGCCACACCUCUUUGUCGCCUCUCUGCCGUCUGCUAGUUUCGGGGAAGGUGCCAGACCUCCAGAUGCAGUGCAGGUGCAGACUUGUACGUCGACAGACAGCAUGAAUGGCUCGCAGUCGCGCAACCCGUCGGACUCGGCCUCGAUGCAUGACGCUCGAGGCAGGAAGCCCGCGCAAGCUCCAGCUUCAGCUCCAGCUCAAGGCCAAUCUGCAACAAACACCACUAUGACGCGCGCCGAACGCUUCGAGGACGAGAAGCGACGCAUGGUCGAGAGCUGCUUCUCAAAGCUCGACCAGAAUGGACAGCUCGCCGAGUCGUACAUCACCCACAUACGCAUCACUGAGGAUGCCGCCCAUCCCUCGACUCCUCCUCCGCCGACCUCCGCGCCUGACAACAAGAAGCCUCGUAUCAUUGUUGUCGCCGUCCGUAGCACUGGCCGCGUCCGCAUGCACAAGGCUCGCGAGAACAACAAUGGCUCCUUUUCCAUUGGCAAGACGUGGAACCUUGAGGAUCUGUCUGCCAUUGAGUCCUUUGCUCAUGCCGACCCGAACGCCCCUCCGCCAAAGCAGAACCAUUACCAAUGGGCCAGUAAUGUUGGUUUCGUUGUCACCAUCUCAAAGCCCUACUACUGGGAGGCUGCCACGUCUAAAGAGAAGGACUUCUUCGUCGCGAGUUUGGUCAAGAUUUACCGGAAAUACACCAAGGGCCAGGUUCCGGAUCUUCGUGGCUUCGACCCUCGUGAUGUAGAGCAAAUGCUAGGUUUGGCUCCUGGACAGCAACAAGCACCACGAUCGUCUCCUGCCGUUCAGGAUCGCCAGACUCCCCAGAAUACGCCUCCACCUCGUGCACCAUUUGCCGACCCAAACCGACCGUCAUCUCAGGACUCGCGCCAACGUUUCCGGCCCAUGCCCAAGAACGGCGAAGCUGCGAUUCCAGGAGGUCUGCAACCGCAGCCUCGACCCUCGCAGGAUAGAGGUUUGCGACAACCUAGCCGAGAGCGUAUGCAGAAACCGAGUCGUGACCCCAUGCGUGCCCCGAGUCGCGAGCCUAUGCGUGCGCAAAGCCGUGAGCCCGGUGCUCGUGCUCCGAGUCGCGAGCCCGGGCAGCGAGCUCCUCCUCCGGCACUGAACAAUGGCCCUCCUCCGGGUGCUCGACCUCGCUUGACUCCAAAGUCUUCGAGAGCUGAGCUACAGCAACCUCCUAUGUCCGACUCGCCAAACACCUCAUUCGCUUCCUCUGUCAGGACCAUCCCUACCGUUUCCGAUCAAGCCCCGCCGCAUUUCAAUCAACCACCACCACCACAGCCAGGUCAACUGGCCCCAGCUCGUGCAGAGGGACGUCAACAGAGUUACCAAAGUGUGCGUAGUGAAAGAAGCAUUCAAAGUCAACGUAGUCAAGAAUCGACCGACGCACCUCCUACCGAAAUUAGUAUGUUCACAUCAACCCUGAACCAUUGGAAGCCUCCUUCGCGCGAGGCUUCGCCUAUGAGACAACCCUCUGCAAGAAAGCCUCAUCCGGCCAACGUUGAUCAGAGCGAGCCUCGACCAUCAGUAUUCGAAACUUUGAAGAAUCAGCGACAGCCGGCUGCUGUAAGUCAACGGGAGCGACAACCAUCAAUAACUCCACCUGAUCAAUACCCCAACGACAUCCAAAUACCCCCUGAGCGUAAGCGACCUUUCAUGGCAGGAGGUCGGAAAUAUAGCGCAGCACCAAGCGAGAAUGAGUCGGAUUCCGAAGCACUACGUCCACCUCCGCUUUCGACAAGUAGAAAUGUAUCCGGUGCUAGCACGAACAUUAGUACUGUUGCUACUGUGGGCCGAUCGUCGAGUCCUCGUGGUUUAGGUAUUGAGAAACACCUGCCCAUGCCAUCAACUUCCGAUCGCGUACCCGGUGCGUUUUACGAUACACCAACGGCUUCGACUGCCGAUCUCACAUCACAGCCACCAGAAGCAGAACCUGAACCACGCAUUGCAGAACCUGAACAGGUACCAACCCUUCCAUCUCUGGAACCUGACGAACCACCAGCUUCAAUCCCUGACUCGAGAGAUGUUUUAUCGGAUGAAGAAGCGCACCGUCCUGGACUUGGACCUAUGAUCAAGAAGAAGAAUGUACCAAAACUCGCAGACGCUCUUAGAAAAGCAGCAGCAGCUCAAGGCGCAUUCAAGCCUCGUGCAGGUGGUGCCGCUGAACGCAUGAGGCUCAUGGCAGAAGCUGCCACUAAGGGACAAGGCCCAGAUGGAAUCACUGGUGUUGUUCCGGCUCCUCUUCGCAAGAAAAGCGUCGAGAUCGACAGGGCAGACUUGCCAGUUUCUCCUAUGAAGGCCGAAUUCCCCACGCCUGUUUCGGAGACUGUACCUCAAGUAGAAACGAGGGGCAUAGAGCCGGAGACCUUGCCCAAGGUCAUAGACGAGACAGUACACGCUCACAAGCCUGUCGACGGAGCCGCAGUAGAGGGAUACUUCCCGCAACCUGAGCCAGAACAGCAAGUAGAGGAACCCGAAGUCCCUGUAGUCGCGCCAGAACCCAGACGCCCAAAACGUAGAUCAGCGCAGCAGGAGAAUCAUCUUCGCUCGCUCAACAUCGAUCCCAGGCUGCUUGACGGCAGAGGCAUACAAUUCGAGUCCAUUCUCUCCGACUUUGGGUGGGGAUCUGGUGUCUUGAAGGGAAGACAAUUAGAAGACCUAGAAGCAGAUCUGAAGCGCGAGCUGGGUCGUGUUGAAGCUGGCAGUUGGUUGGGUCAUCUCGAACAGAAAGACGACCGAGUUGAUGUUGUGGAUCAGAUGCUUGAUCGAGCGAUUGCCGAGUGCGAUGAACUUGAUGGGCUUCUAACCAUUUACUCUGCUGAACUCAGCACUCUCAAUGAGGACAUUUCCUUCAUCGAAGCUCAGUCGCAAGGUUUGCAGGUACAGACCGCUAACCAGAAAAUCUUACACACGGAGUUGCAGAAGCUGGUCGAUACUAUUUCGAUCUCUCCACGUCAAUUAGAGCCAUUACGGCACGCAGACUUUGGCAACCCAGAAGCUCUUAUGUCGGUCGAGUCGUCACUGCUCCUUCUUUACAAGGCCAUGGCGACCAUCGAUCCAUCCGUACGCUCAACGAACGCUCUGAGUCGAUCCGGUCCUGCAGCCGGUCUCGAUACCAGCGACAUUGGUACCAUGAAUGCUCUCCAGGAAAAGCGGAAUGCCUACAUGCGCGAAAGUGCCGAGUUCUGCCAACGCCUGAUGCGCUACAUGGAUCACUCCUUCGCGUCAGCUCUUGGUGCUGCUAAGCCUGCGCUGUUGCAGCAUCCUGGCGGCGUUGGAAACGCAACGAUGAAACUUAAUGGCUCAGGGUUUAACCUGGCUCGUGCCAACCUCUGGCAAUUCAGCCCUCUACUACUCUUCACGAAGGAAACCAACAUGCCUGCUUGGCAGAGCACACUCCGAACAUAUCAUACCAAGGCUCGCCCUCUCUACACCGACGUCUUCCGAGACAAUACCACCAACUGGAAGAGAGGAGCUCGUACAGCUACUGGCGAGGCGACUGAGCUACUUUUCACAUCGGUCGAGAAGGAAACUUCUGAAGGUCUCACCAGCACUGCUCGCAAAUUGACAGUCAAGCGUUCUCAAACCUUGGCCAAAUCUUUCCGUUCCGCUGGCAGUGGAGGCGAAAAGCCCACAGCUGUCGACCGAGCACAGCCAGGCCGUAUGGCACCUUUCGAAGUGUUCAACGGUGUACUGGAAGAGCAGGUGCCUUUGAUCUCCAUGGAGCAAAACUUCAUCGUUGAUCUCUUCCACGCAACUAGCUUGGAAAAUAUUGACUUUGCGGAUGCAGUGGCGGCUAAUGUCCCCGAAGCUCGCAUGGGUCCAGAUCUCACAGGUAGACGAUUGAUGGAACCUGAUCGCGCCAUGGCUAGGCGCGUAUCCGAUGUCAUGGAAGAGACAUUUGGUUUCUGGAAGGACGAGCUAAGAGCCUUGAUGGAGUGGGCGAAUGCUGGCGAUCCUAUCCAGGGUGUUGGUGUCCUCACAGUUCUCGCCUUGCAUGCAUAUCGCUUGCAGGAGACGUCGCAGGAGUUUUUGCUGCACAAUCUCAAUGAGAUUUCUGCACGCUUGCAGACGCUGUUCCAGAAGUUUGUGGACGAGCAAAUCCACGCGAUUGAGGAUACUAAAGUCAAGAUCAAGAAGCGCAAGGGUGUUAUUGCAUUCAUGAAGAUCUUCCCUCUCUUCUCGAAUGCUGUGGAGAGUACCUAUCUCUCAGCAGCCAGAGAGUAUGAUGGCUAUGCAGCAGUACUCGGCGCACGUCAACUCAUCGACGACGCAUAUAUUCGCAUCAACAGAGCAAUGUGGGAUUCUCUAAAAGUCAUUGCCAGAGAAUCACCCACUGCCGUUGGUGUUGCCGCGACCGCCACCACAGCACAUGGAUUGGAGUACGAGGAUAAAGAAAUCCUCAACUAUCAUAUCCUGUUGAUUGAGAAUAUGAACCACUAUAUCGAGGAAGUGGACGAUGGAGGUAAAGAAGGUUCUGUGCUUGCCGAGUGGAAGGCAAAAGCGCUUAUGGAUCGCGCCGAACACAUGGAAGAAUACGUUGGUCGUGUGGUUCGAAGGCCAUUGGGCAAGAUCAUCGAUUUCAACGAAGGCGCAGAAACCCUACUCAGUCAAAACCUCACGGGUCCCUCCAUCGCAGCCCGUCCUCUAUACUCGCGCCACAACACCAAGAAACUGCUCGCCUCGCACGACUCCAAAGCCAUCCGCAGUGGCAUAGACACUUUACGCAAACGCAUUGAAAAACACUUUGGCGAUGCUGAUGAGGAAGCUUUGUCGAGGCAAAUGGUUUCUAUGGUGAACAAAGAGUGUGUGAGGAGGUAUGAUAAUGUGUUGGAGAGGUUGGAAAAGGUGUGUGCGGUGCUUUAUAAGGAGGAUGAGAAGGGGGUUGUUAUUGAGUGGAGUAGGGAGGAUACUAGGGAGGGGUUCAAGAGGGUGUGAGUGGGAAGGGAAGUGGGGAUUCGUUGACCUAAGAAGGGAGUAAGAUGAAAGAUAUGACACGUUUUUUGCAUAAGAAAAGGUGUUUUGUUUUCUCUUUUGCAGCACUUCUUUUAUUGGUAUCAGUCGUGAGACAAUCAAGAUGGGGGACGUGUUUAGGAUAUCUGUUUUCACUCAUUCCCAUGGUAUGGCUGAUGGGGGGGAUUACUGCUUUUCCCUACUUCUGCCUUUGUUGAGCUUUCGUUCCGUCCGCUCAGGUUAUUCUUUUGUUAAGCUUGUGACAGCAGUUUAAAGGGGUAUCACGCAGAAUCUAGGGAGCACGAUCAAAGAAAAGUCUUCUUUUCAG